AUGGCCUUCGACCUAUACACGGUUCAAAUACCAUUUUAUGGCGUCCUUUUCCUAGUCGGCCAAUAUGUGAUCUACCCAGCAUUCUUCGCCCGGCUCUCCUCUAUCCCUCCUGCCCAUCCACUGGCCGCUUUCACCCCUCUCUGGAUUCUUUGGAUCCGUUAUAUCGGUCGUGAGAAUCGGACCAUACAAGCCGCGCAUGCGGCACACGGCCCUGUGGUCCGUCUUGCCCCCUCAGAGAUCUCCGUGAACUCCGUCGAAGGAGGCAUUCGUACAGUGUACGGUGCAGGAUUCGGGAAGCACGAGUGGUAUCUGAUCUUCCGUAACUUUGGUGUCAGUAAUGCAUUCUCGACGUUGGAGUCCAAAGCUCAUUCACUCGCCAAACGACGGAUCACUCAUGUAUACUCCAAAUCAUAUCUUCUAACCCCCGAAUCAGGCUUCUCACACAACUCGCACACUAUCAUCCACGACCGUCUCCUUCCUAUUCUUUCUCGAGCUGCCAGUACACAAGAAUCAGUGAAUAUCCUAGAAAUCUUUUUCUCGACUGCGAUGGAUUUCAUCACUGGAUAUCAAUUUGGCCUACCAUCUUCUUCAAACUUCCUCCAGAAUCUAGAGGAGAGGAGGCACUGGCUUUACAUUUACCACUGUCGGAAACCAUACGGCUUUUGGGGCCUUCACGUUUCCCGCCUGCAAGGGAUGCUCAAACGAGUAGGAAUCCGUGUCGUUCCUGAUUUUGUAGCGGAUGCAAACCAAGGGAUGGAAGAUUACGUGCUUGCGAUGGUAAAGAGAGCAGAGGAAAGAGUAGAAGGUGGGUUCGUUGGAGACGAUAGUAGCGAAGCUAUGGUUUAUCGCUCCAUAAGACGGACUAUGGAGAAGGAGGAUGAGAAGCGGGUUACAGGCGAUGUUCCGAACGCCGAUGGGCGGCGGCUCGAGAUUGCAAGCGAACUAAUGGAUGAGCUAGCUGCUGGUCAUGAAACGGCCGCCAUAGCGCUGACCUUCCUUACAUAUCGUCUGUGCAUGAAUUCUGCUGUACAGUCUCGUCUUUACGCCGAGCUUGCCUCCGCACCGCGCACUUCCGACUCCACCUCCUUUGACUUGAAGGCUCUUGACGACCUCCCCUUCCUAAACGCCUGCAUCCUCGAGACACUCCGCACCAAUGCCCCGAUCCCCGGACCACAGCCCCGUACUCCACUCACACCUAGUCAUAUCAACCUCGGAAAUCGAACUAUUGUUAUCCCACCUGGAACGAGAGUUAGUGCUCAGGCAUAUAGCUUGCACCGCAACCCCGAUGUGUUUCCUAACCCGGAGUGCUGGAUUCCGGAACGGUGGCUUGUCGAUAAGAAUGCAGAUAUCGUCGAAGAGGAAGAGAGGCUGAAGGAGAUGCACCGGUGGUUCUGGGCAUUCGGAAGUGGGGGGAGAAUGUGUUUCGGUAGUAACUUUGCUUUGCUCGUACUAAUGGAGACUACAGAGAUGAAGAUGCUCGUUGCUACUAUAUGGAGUCAUUUCAGAACCGAGCUCCCUAAUGCACACGAUAAAGGGAGCACAUUUGGUCUAGAGCAGGAAGACGGGUACACUGUUGGGCCUGUGGGGGGAAAGCUUGAGGUGCAGUUCGUGAAGCUCUGA